CUCCCAGGAAAAAGGUGGCGCGAGUGUCUCAACCUCAGAUGUUCCCUCCCUAAAUGAGACCCCUGAUAUACCCAUCAAGAAUCUCUUUCCGGCGAAGCUGGAGGCGUUUUGGGUACAGUGGGUGCUGCAGACCUUCCUCCAUCUGGAAUCGCAGUCCUAUGUCUGGCCUGAGGGCAUCUUUCAGAACGGCCAGCCACACAACCAGGCCUUGGCUUGCAGGACAGAAACUUCGUCCAAACCUCGAGCUUCCAGACCCACUGCGCAUGCGCCGGGUGCAAACACGGUGUUCAGCUCGCACAACGGUCUCUUGCCUCUCAGAACAGCUCUCCGUCGAGUGCUGCAGUGUCUGUGGAAACUCUUUCAUCUGAACCAGGAGGCAGUGGUCAUUCUCAGUCCUGUUUACCGCGAUGUUUACAGCCCGGGGCUGUAGGAGGUCAUGAACCCACACCGGCUGACAAUCGUCCUUGCCCUUUCUGGGACGGUGACUUUGACUUGCUGCUCAUCCACCGGCACCUCGGACUCGUCGUCUGCGAUGUCAGGGUGGCUGGCGAUGUCCUGCAGCAGAGGAGAGGGUCGCGGACCAACGGCGUGCAUCACAGAGACGUGGCGCGUGUUGACGUGCUGCAUGACGUCACGUGUGUUCUUCACGACGUUGUGCUGCAGCUGGACGCAGCUGGCGGGUGGCUGUCGCGCGUCGUGUCGGACGUUGCACCUGGACUUCGCGUCAUCAAGAUCGUGGCUUUACCGAACCUCCACGAGGACUUGCUGAGGGAGGUUCUUACAGGGGACCUGCAGCUGCAAAAAGAUUUGAGUCGUUGUCUGGAGGCGGAGGAGGACACCGAAGUUAGCGCCCACUUCCUCACAUCUGACCACAUGUUUGAUAAAGUGCCGCCCAAUGAAAUCAACAAAUCGCUGACAAACUAAAAGACUGGUGGCGCCACCUAACGGUUCGACAUGGUCGUGACCACAGCAUGACUGCUGACGUGUACAAAACUCUGAUCGCCAGGCUCUGGGGGUCAGCCAGCACCGUGACAGUGCCAUGCUACUCACUGCCCAGACUCAGUUUGGAAGCAGAGGACGGGUCAGACCAGGUGCUGGACCUCAAGACAUCACCGCACACAUCCCGCUGUCCCAGAAGCAAGCUCACCUCCUCAAGAUGGCUCCACCCAAAGUCUUUCUGGCCGGACCCCCGGGCACCGGCAAAACCGUGACGUUGCUCCUGGCGGCCAAGGAGUGGCUACGUCAUGACCACGUGGUGUGCGUGGUGAGCACGUGGGAGGGCAGCUGCGUGGCCUGCAUCACGUUGCACAGCUUGCUGCAGCGCUAUGCGGAGGUCAAGGGGCGGGGUGAGAAGCUGAAGUUACUGGAGUAUAAUUUCAGGGACGAAAAAGAAAUCGAGAGGGCGGUGGAGGAACUGGGGUCAAUGGUCAGGGACGGAGAGCUGUUCAUCGUCGCGGACGAAGCGGGACCUGACUUACUGUACAGGCCUGAUGACUACUUUACAACCUUCCCAAAGCCGCGCUUCCAGUUGUUCUGCGACAAGCUGCAGUCACUGAUCCCCGCCUGCACCUGUGGGCCGCCAGCUGCCGCCAGGGGGCGGCUCACCCGGAUUGGGACGUGCACGUCUUCACAAAGCCCUUCCGGUACCCGGCGUCAGUGGUGCGGGAGGUGGCCAAAGGCCAACGAAUUUCACGCCGACGUGGAGGAGUACGACAAGGAGACUGCGCACACUCCGCGUGACCCCUCCGUAACCUUUCUCUACCAUGAAGGUGAAGGUCACACCGGCGAGCACCCAGGAAGCUGCUUUGGCUGCGGGAUGGAGAUAGCAGAGGCAUUGCGCCGUCUGGGGUUGGGGACAAGUGACCUUUUAUGCUCUGGAUUAUCAACCAGUGACCUCCCUUUAUCUGACUCCAUGAACAUGGACACACCAGUCGUCGCUGCUAGCCUCAUCAGUGAUGCAAUGAUGUCUCAAUCUUUCACAACCACUUGGCUGCCGACACACCCAGCAGUUCACCGCCAACCACCACCUCCACAACUUGCGAGCCUGGUUCAGCAGCAGCGCCAUCUACCGCACGCGAUGGGAGCUGGGUUUCAGGGAUGUCGUGGUCAUCUGCACUGGUCACCUGCGCAACAACAGCGGUGUGGUGGAGGGUCUGCGGAGGGCAGGGCUGCCGGUGCGAGUGAUAGAGGGCGGCAGCCGUAGUGACGUGCAGGACGUAGCUACGUCCAGCAGUGACGUAGUGUGGGUGCUGAACGGCGCGCAAGCUCGCGGCUUGGAGAGGAAAGUCGUGGUGUGCGUUCGUGAACGAGUAUCGCCACUCCGAUGUGUAUCACCGCCUGUACCCCAUGUCGCGAUGCACCUCUCACCUGGUGCUGGUGUACCCCUCCUCACCUGGCGAUGGCCGCCCAGUCCCUGACGUCAGCGCUGCUUGACUUUAUUGAAGAUACGGUUUGAAUCUCAUUGGAUGGCGCCAGUAGCUGCUGCUGCAAAAAUAUUACACAAGAUGACAGAAAAAUCAAAAUAACAUCGCAUUAUUCUAACCACCAGGUUCAGGAAGCUUCCGUUAACUUAUUGAUAAGUUCUUGUCAUCCUGGAGUGAAAGAGAGAUGAAAAAACACAAUCGCAUUCCUUUGUAGACUAUUCACAUUCCCAUCCAUCUUUCUCUACAACAAACGUUUGUAGACAAAUUUCUCACCUUUUCCAGUUUUGGUUUUUUUUUCUUUCCUCUCCUUAUUUCUCCUCUCCUCUGCCUAGCAUCGCUCAUUCGUUCUUUUUAUUUAUUUUUGUAUACACACAAUAAUACACAAAUAAAUAUACAGGAAUAUGUGCACAUAUGUAAGAUUUUUUAUUAACUCAUUUUAUUUACUUUGUCGGGGGUGAAUGGUAUCACUCUAUGCAAUCUUUCUCAGUAGAAUAAAAGUAAAAAUAAAACUCGCACUGUGUCUGAAGCCUU